AGAACAAUUAAUGUUCGAGAAUAUUUUCUUCAAGAUAUUAUUCAAUUACUCAGUUUUCAACCAAUCAAUGCAAUAUCAAAAAGUCAAAAACAAAUUAAUAAAAAUCGAAAAUUACAACAUGAUGAUAAUGGUUAUCAUCAACGACAUAAACAUUCAUAA